ACGGUUCAUCGAAAACGAUUUGCGAUUGGUUCGUACGAUUCUACGGUAGCGCCACCAGCCGUAUAAAUAAUUUACUAAAUCAAUAUGGAUUAAUGUCUUCCUCAAUAAACGAUUAGUUUAGAAUUUAAUGAAAAAUGGCGUCUUUAACGAAAGCUGUACACAUUUCAAAAUUGGUGAACAAUGUGACGAAACUUAUUACAAACUUAUCAUUAUCCAAUAAUAUUAAUUUAGUUUCUAACACUAGGUUUAUUCGAAGAUUACCUAUGCAACCAUGUGCACUAUUGCAUGCUUCAUCAACAAAAUAUGAUUUAAUGGAGUUCUUUGAUGACACAAUUAAUUGGGGUAAAGAUGAAGUAAAAGUUGGACGUUCAUGGAAGAUGGAUGAAUUAAGAUUAAAAAGUAAUGAAGAUCUUCACAAGUUAUGGUUCGUGUUAUUAAAGGAGCGUAAUAUGCUCUUAACCAUGGAAGAAGCAUGCAAAAGAAAAUAUAAGAUUUUUCCAAAUCCUGAACGAAUAGAUAAAGUUGAAAUGAGUAUGUCAAAUUUAGAAUCUGUAAUUCGUGAAAGAAAUAAAGCUUAUCAUUUACUUGAAACUGGAGAAACAGGAGAACGUCCAGGGAAAUUUGUAUAUAAUGCGCUUGGUUACAAAUCUUAUUAUCGUAUGCGUGAAUAUCCUAUACCACAAUUUAUGAACAGCAAAUGGUAUAAAAAACAUUUCUUUGGAUAUCAGGGUUAUGCAGUACGGAAAUUUCUACGAUUGUAUAGAGAAAAAUUAUGGAAUAUUAAACGGAAAGCAAGAAACCGCGAUUUUCAGCAUGCUUUAGUCUUGCUCAGAAGAUUCCCAAAUAUGGAUAUUAAUGCAUUCAAAGAGAAAUAUCCAUCUGUAGAUAUAGAAAAAGCAAAACGGUGUAAAAAAUCACAAGGACAUUUUAUAUCUUAAUGCAAUAAUCAUUGUUUUAUGAAAGUGUAACCUAUAAUAAUAUAAUUAAUUGUAAAUUAUAACAACUUUAUUGUAUAUUAAUAGAAGUAAGAUUAAAAGUCCUAACAUGUA